AUAUGGGCAUUGGUGGAUUGGACACAGAAUUUGGUGCCAUAUUUCGUCGUGCAUUUGCAUCUAGAGUUUUUCCACCCGAAUUAGUAGAAAAAUUAGGCAUUCAACACGUUAAAGGUAUUCUUCUUCAUGGACCGCCUGGAACAGGGAAAACAUUAUUGGCUAGACAAAUCGGAAAAAUGUUAAAUGUACAAGAAUUAAAAGUUAUUAAUGGACCGGAAGUGUUGAAUAAGUACGUAGGCCAAUCUGAAGAAAAUAUUCGUCAAUUGUUUGCUGAUGCAGAAAGAGAAUAUAAGGAGAAAGGUGAAGAUUCUGGGUUACAUAUAAUAAUAUUUGAUGAGUUAGAUGCUAUAUGUAAGCGACGUGGCAGUGAUGGAACCGGUAGAACUGGUGUUGGUGAUAGUAUUAUGGAUGGUGUUGAACAAUUGAACAAUAUAUUAAUCAUUGGUAUGACUAAUCAAUUGGAUAUGAUUGAUGAGGCAUUACUUCGUCCUGGUCGUUUGGAAGUUCACAUGGAAAUUAACUUACUAGAUGAACAAGGAAGAUUACAAAUAUUAAAAAUUCAUACUUCAAAGAUGAAAAAAAAUAAUAUUUUGGAUGUUGAUGUUGAUCUAGGUGAAUUGGCUAGUUCGACCAAAAAUUUUAGUGGUGCAGAAAUCAGUGGACUUAUUAAGAGUGCUAGUUCAUUUGCAUUUAAUAGACAUACCAAAAUAGGAACACUUGCGGGAGUAAAACCAGAUUUUCAAAAUAUGAAAAUAAAUAGAAAUGAUUUCCUGGAGGCAUUGGAUGAAGUGCAUCCAGCUUAUGGUGUUAGCAAUGAAGAAUUGCAACAUUAUAUUCAAAAUCAAAUUAUUUCAUUUGCACCACAUGUCAAUAGGAUAUUGUCAGAUGGGAAAAUUUUUGUUGAUCAAGUUAGAAGCAGUUCUAGUACUACACUUGUCAGUGUUCUGUUACAUGGACCUACUAACAGUGGCAAAACAGCAUUGGCUGCUAGUAUAGCACUGUCAUCAGGAUUUCCAUUCAUAAAAUUAAUUUCACCAGAAAAUAUGAUUGGAUAUUCAGAAUUGGCUAAAGUGGAUGCAAUAAACAAAAUAUUUAGUGAUUCUUACAAAUCACCGUUAAGUGUCAUAGUUAUAGAUAACAUUGAAAGAUUAAUAGAUUGGAUACCUCUUGGACCAAGGUUUUCAAAUUCUGUCGUACAGGCAUUGUUAGUUUUGCUUAAAAAAAACCCACCAAAAGGACAUUGUCUCUUAACUUUAGCAACAACCAAUAAAAUAUCUAUUCUCAAAAAAAUGGAUAUGUUGGAUUGUUUCGAUUCCGAAAUCGAAGUGCCAAACAUCACCACUUUGGCUUCGAUCGGAUGCAUACUUAAAGAAUCAUCAUUAUUUAAUGAUACUGAAAGAGAAGAAGUUCUUGUCGCUCUCAAGAAAAACCAUUUCAAUAUAGAUAUUGGUAUUAAAAAAUUGCUGAAAAUAAUCAACAGGAGUAGAUUAGAUGUUGAUAAA